CUAGAUGUGGGACCACCAGAGUCCUGGACAGACCUAGACUCUUUGGAGAGUUGUAGACAGAGACUCUGCAGGUUUUGGAGUGUUUGGGUUACUUUCUUCUGAUAGUUUGGCAACAUGGACAGACUCUGAUACUGAACCAGCCGAAGGUUUUCUGAUGGCUCCUGACGAAGAAGAAGGUCUCAGCUAACAUCAGACAGAGUGGUGCUGAUCGGUCUUCCUGUCAGCCUGCUGAUGGAGCUUCGGGCUGCCACACACCAUCCAGCGUUACGAUGGCAACACUGCAUCCACCUGACUCUGAUGCUGGUCCAGCUGAGUUUACCAGAAGUCGGAGCCUCCUGUCGUAUCCUGAGGUGUAACUCUGACUUUGUUGCUGCAACACUGGACCUGGGCAGCAGCAGCAGCAGCAGCAGCAGUGCAGUGCCAGCAGGUGGCGCAGCUCUCAGCAGGGAAGCAGUAAACGCUGGUUACUGCAGUGCCCUGCGCUCCUACGACAUGUGCACCAAGCGAAUGGCCCGGGCAUGUCGUGGUGACCUUGCAUACCACUCUGCAGUUCAGGGUAUCGAGGACCUGCUGAUCCAGCACCGCUGUCCCCGGGCAGGACCCACAGCCCAGCCACGGCCUCCGCCUCAGGGAACGCUGUCAGGGGACACCUGCCUCUAUGAGAGGAGCUUCUUCGGCAGGGAAGGACGGACGCCAGAGUACCUCCACUGUGGCGUGUUUGGAGACCCGCACAUUCGGACUUUCAGCAAUGAAUUCCAGACGUGUGCCGUGCAGGGGGCGUGGCCUCUCAUUGACAAUGAGUACCUGUACGUACAGGCCACCAGCUCGCCAGCCAGGGGAGGGACAUCUGCCACAGUCCUCACCAAGAUCACCAUCAUCUUCAAGAACUGGCGUCAGUGUAUUGAUCAGCAGCUGUACCAGGCGGAGCUGGAUAACGUCCCUGCAGCAUUUGCCGACGGCUCGGUGUGGAGUGGCGAGCGCCGAGGUCAUCGCAGCCUGACGGUGAGGACUCAGAGCCCUGGUCGGCACGCUGAGAUCCGAGCGGCUCACAUUGGUACGCUGCUGGUGGUGCGUCAAAGCGGCCGCUCACUUGGCCUGUCGAUCCGCUCGCCACGUGGUGUCGUAGAGGCAUUUGGCCCCGAGCAAGAUCUGCAGCUGUGCAUGUGGGGCUGCCCCCCCUCACAGAGACUCAACACGCUUCGGCCGCCACCGCCGGACUCCUCGGCAUCUGCCGCCAUUGGUGCAGAGGCUCACUGCGCCGCACUGCUUCCUGCCCGAGACGUCUACUACCAGGCCUGUGUGUUCGACCUGAUCACCAGCGGAGACCUGAACUCCAGCACAGCCGCUAUCAGCGCGUUGCAGGAUGCCCGCAACAUGAUCUCCGACAGGGAGGGUGUUCAUCUGCUGCCAGUUGCCUCCGCAGGGCGAACACGACCAAACGUCACACUGCUGCUGCUGCUCGGCAUGCUGGGAGCUCAGAGCAGCAGAAACUGACCUUGAGGUGUGUCUCCGCGGAGAUGUAUAUGUAGGGAUUUGCCCACCUCCCAGCGUCGGACACUCGAUGGGCAAGCAACAUGGCAGAUGAUUGACAGGUGCUCUUCAACAGGAAAUCAAUUUAGGCCCCGCCCUUUUUAUACUGGCUUCACCUGAGUGAAGAAACACUUCACCUGUGGACUGACUGCUCCUGGAUUUCACACUGGACCAACACAGUUGGAAGCUUUGUCUGAUAAAUAGUUGAAAUUAGGGAUGCACUAAUCUGAUCUGAGUCGUUAAAUAGUUAGUGUCUGCGGAUAUCUAUCUCAUUAAAGGACAAUAAAGACAUUCAAAUCAGUCCAAUAUACAGGUGAGACGACAACUUUACAUACACUGUAUAAAAAGACAGAACUUUUUUUUCCCUCACUGCCUGACAUUAAAUGUGACUAAAUGUUUCCUGUAUGAGAUCAGUUAGGAUUAAAGUUAUUUGGGUUUUCUAAAUGUCAGAAUAAUGAGAGAGAGAAUUUUUUUUUUUUUUUUUGAGAUUUU